UGGGGAACAACCUCGGCUUACUCCCAAUACUUAUUAGGCAUGUGUACUCGACCAGUUCAAGCAGAAUAACCACCAGCCAAGCAAACUCUUGAACCGACGGGAACAGGAAAACUUUUAACCUCAAGUCAAGAUGUCGUUUUCACUUACAAGCCCGGGCCUGACUCAAGCCUUGUACGCUGGAAAUGCUCUUUGGUUCACAAGCGCCUUUAUACACUUUGGCUUCCGGCAAAAAUUCAUGAUGCGCAAGAUCUCAAGGCGCAAGGGCUCGGCCGAGGCGUCGAUCCGGCUGACGCCCGAGGGUGAUUCCUGGCACCACGACAUCAUGGCCUACCUCGGGGCCAUGAACUCUUCCCUGGCCGUGCUGGCUCUUCUCCGCAUCUACGCCCUGGCCCGACCAUCGCGGAUCCUGGGUGGCAGGGAUGGCGGCGACGUGGCCCAGGACGUCACGGCCUUGAUUGUGCUCGGUCUUGCGAACUUCUCACAGGCGUUUCUGAAUUUUACCCUGUCGCGCCGGAGCGACAGGUGGAUCAUAGGGAAAGGGCUGGACCGUAUCACCGUCCUGGAUGCCGUAUUUACGGUGCUGGAUUGGGCAGCUGCGAUUGGACGGAUCGUGGCAUGA